AUGACAUCUUUAAAAUACAUAUCACCUGCCAUAACAUCAACAAAGUACAUAUCACCUGCCAUAACAUCCACAAAGUACAUAUUACUUGCCAUAACAUCAACAAAGUACAUAUCACCUGCCAUAACAUCUACAAAGUACAUAUCACCUGCCAUAACAUCAACAAAGUACAUAUCACCUGCCAUAACAUCAACAAAGUACAUAACACCUGCCAUAACAUCAACAAAGUACAUAACACCUGCCAUAACAUCUACAAAGUACAUAUCACCUGCCAUAACAUCUACAAAGUACAUAUCACCUACCAUAACAUCUACAAAGUACAUAUCACCUGUCAUAACAUCUACAAAGUACAUGUCACCUGUCAUAACAUCUACAAAGUACAUAUCACCUGUCAUACCAUUACAUAUCAUUUGUCAUAACAUCAACAAAUACAUAUCACCUGUCAUAACAUCAACAAAAUACAUAUCACCUGCCAUAACAUCAACAAAGUACAUAUCACCUGCCAUAACAUCUACAAAGUACAUAUCACCUGUCAUAACAUCAACAAAGUACAUAUCACCUGCCAUAACAUCAACAAAGUACAUAUCACCUGCCAUAACAUCAACAAAAUACAUAUCACCUGCCAUAACAUCAACAAAGUACAUAUCACCUGCCAUAACAUCAACAAAAUACAUAUCACCU